AUGGCUCUCGACCCAUCCAACGGCUAUGUAGCCGCUCGGGGGCUUCAGGAUCUCGAUGAGAAUGCACUUCCCAUCUUCAAUGUGGAGAAAGUCAGUCUCCAGUUCGCUAUUGCGUCCGACUUUGUCGCAGCGCAAGUCGCAAAUAACGUCUUGGUCUUAGCCCUUUCCAAUGGGCGGAUUCUCCGAAUAGAUCUGGAUAAUCCUGCGGACAUUGAUGAUAUUGACCUACCUAAGAAGACUUCUGAAGUUGGUGUCAUACGGCGCAUGUUCCUCGAUCCUACCGCCUCACAUCUCAUUAUAUGUACGGCUCUGGGAGAGAAUUACUAUCUCCACACACAAUCGCGACAACCCAGACCUCUGUCUCGACUUCGCGGAGUUUCAAUAGAGGCAAUAGCAUGGAAUCCCGCCUUACCAACCACAUCGACAAGAGAAAUACUCAUUGGGGCAUCUGAUGGUAAUAUCUACGAGGCAUACAUCGAAACAGCUACAGAGUUCUACAGGAAGGAAGACAAGUAUCUGAAGUCUUUACAGAAAAUUCCAGAUGGGCCAAUCACUGGCCUAUGGGUUGACGCUGUUUCUGAUGUGCGAAAGCCGGAUGUUCGAAGGGUAAUGAUCGCUUCACAGAACAGGCUUUUACACUUAGUUGGCAAGAUAGGUCGAUCAGGGCAUGACGGUGGAGCCUCAAUCUUCACGAAGCUCUUCGAGACUGAGCAGCCAACAGUUCAUGAGAUAUCUCGGAUCUCCGCAACGGCAACCUCGUCAUUAGUCGUCUCGCCGGAUGCUCCAGACUCCACUUCUUUGGAGAGUCUGACUCCAGACCGCAUAUUCGCAUGGCUCUCAUCACAGGGCGUCUUCUAUGGCCGGUUGGUUACCACGCCAGCAACACCUGAUUUAGGCAACAAAGUCUUCGACGAAGCAAAAUUACUUCCUAGAUCUCAACUUCCAGCUUCCGAGUCUUCCACAGGCCGCAAGAAACCCGUUCAAGACUCAGUCGACUCGAUUGUUCUUACUCAAUGGCACAUUGUCCAUCUGGUAGGACGACGUGUCAUUGCUAUAAAUCGACUAGAUGAUCGGGUAGUGUACGACCAAGUCGUAUUAGAUCCGGGCCAAGAAGCUCUUGGGCUUUACGCAGAUCAGCAAAAGAAUACCUUUUGGCUGUUUACAACCCAAGAAAUCUUCGAGAUCGUUGUCACAGACGAGGACAGAGAUGUGUGGAAAGUGAUGCUUAAAACAGAGCACUUCGAUGCGGCUCUGAGGUAUGCCCGUGGUCCUGCCCAGAAGGACGCUGUUGCAACAGCUUCUGGGGAUUACCUAGUCAGCAAAGGCUCGUUCAUUGAAGCGGCCGGUGUUUAUGGGAAGAGCAGCAAGCCUUUUGAACAAGUUGCUUUGAUCUUCGUUGAUAAUGACCAGCAAGAUGCUUUGCGAAAGUAUUUGCUCACGAAAAUUGGAACGUACAAGAAAUCCUCUAUCAUGCAGCGGAUCAUGAUUGCAAGUUGGCUGAUAGAGAUUUUCAUGUCUAAACUCAACUCUCUCGAUGAUACCAUUAUCACUAAAGCUGAGUUGUCGGAGACAUUGAAUCCAGAACAGACCAAAAAUCAAUUGGAGACAAUCCGUACGGAAUUUCAAGAAUUUGUGAAGAAAUUCAAGUCAGAUCUGGACCGAAGAACGACAUACGAUAUCAUCAGCAGUCAUGGGCGGGAAGAGGAGCUGCUUUUCUUCGCCAGUGCUGUCAAUGACUACAAUUAUGUUCUUGGUUACUGGAUGCAACGGGAGCGUUGGAAGGACGUCUUGGAUGUUCUCAAGAAGCAGACAGAGCCGGAGAUGUUCUACCGGUACAGCAGUGGACUCAUUACUCAUGUUGCAACAGAUCUCGUCGAAAUUCUCAUGAGACAUGACGACCUGAAACCUCGAAAUUUGAUUCCAGCGUUGCUCAACUACGAUCGAAAUUUCCAGGGACCACUAUCACAAAAUCAAGCAGUCCGCUACCUUCUUCACGUCAUCAAUCAGCUGGACUCAACAGAUGCUGCUGUCCAUAAUACACUCAUCUCAAUCUACGCAUCUCACCCCUCAAAGGACGAAUCGGCUCUUCUCUCAUAUCUGGAAGCUCAAGGUGACGAGCCCAGCUUCGACUCUGACUUUGCUCUUCGCCUCUGUAUCCAGCACUCUCGCGUUCAGUCAUGCGUCCACAUUUACAGUACCAUGGGCCAAUAUCUCCAAGCCGUCGAACUCGCCCUGGAGCAUUCUGAAAUCGACCUGGCAUCCCUGGUCGCCGACCGACCACUCUCUAAUCCUGCCUUGAGGAAGAAGCUCUGGCUGGCCGUAGCCAAGAAGGUCAUCUCCCAAUCCAACGGCAUCAAAACCGCCAUCGAAUUCCUAAAACGGUGCGACCUGCUCAAGAUCGAGGACUUGAUUCCUUUCUUCCCUGACUUUGUGGUCAUUGAUGAUUUCAAAGAGGAGAUUUGUGCGGCGCUCGAGGAUUAUAGUCGGAACAUUGAUGCGCUUAAGAAAGAAAUGGACGAAUCUGCACAGACGGCUACGAAUAUCAAGAUUGAUAUUGCGGCACUUGACCACCGGUACGCUAUCGUCGAGCCUGGAGAGAAGUGCUAUAUUUGCGGAUUGCCGUUGCUGAGUCGGCAAUUCUUCGUAUUUCCCUGCCAGCAUGCAUUUCACAGUGAUUGCUUGGGGCGGAAGGUCAUGGAGCAGGUUGGCCUGGGGAAGGGAAAGAGGAUCAGGGAGUUGCAGGGACAGAUCAGUAAGGGGUUAUUAGCCGGGGCGAAGAGAGAAAGGGCUAUUGCGGAGCUGGAUGGAUUGGUGGCUAGUGCUUGGUAA